AUGUCGUUUGGACUCACAAAUGCCUCGACAUCAUUUAUGGACCUCAUGAACCAGGUUUUCAAGGAGUAUCUACAUCGGUUUUUCAUCGUGUUCAUAGAUGAUAUACUGGUGUAUUAUAAGACAAAGGAGGAGCAUGAGGAGCACCUACGUUUAACUUUGCAACAAUUGAGAGAGCAUCAGAUGGAGGAUCCUGAUAAGGUUGACGCAGUGAAGGAGUGUCCAAGACCGAAGAAUGCCUCUAAGGUCAGAAGUUUUAUGGGAUUAGCAGAUUAUUACAUGAGAUUUGUGGAAAGAAUCAAUGAAGGGCAGACAGCAGAUAAGAGGUUAAGUGAACAAAAGCAAGAAAUCCAGAAUGGGAAUGCCAUUGACCACACUGUAUUAGACACCGGGCUAAUAAAAUACAAGGGACGUAUUUUUGUGUCUGACAACGAGGAACUUAAAAAGGAGAAUUUGGUGGAAGCCCAUACUACACCAUAUUCAAUUCAUCCCAUGACCACUAAAAUGUAUCAUGAUUUGAAGGCAUUAUAUUGGUGGUCUGAAAUGAAGAAAGAUGUAGUGGAUUAUGUGACGAAAUGUCUAACUUGUUAA